UCCGUGAGCCACACACUCCUCGGAUUACGACUCCGCCAUCUCUAGAUGUUCGUCAAUUUACGUACUCCGUACUCCGUGUGAAUUCGCAUUAAGUUGGCGCGUUUUUAUUGCCACGACUCCGGCCAAAAAAAGAAAAGAAAAGAAGAAAAGUGUCUCAUCACGGGGCAAGUGAAAUGUACGCAUCGCAUCCACAUCCACAUCCGUAUUCGUAUCCGCUCGUCCCGGUUUCCAUCAUAACGUGACAACAAUUUUGAUUUGGUUGUGCACCAACUUUGACUAAUGAAUAAAAGUAGACAGUGCAAAAAGAAGAAUUUGUGUGAGCGGCAAAGACAAGACAGUCAAAGGAAAAGUACCAAGGAGGCGUAAUUCGUUGCCAGGAUGCUGCUGGCUCCAAUCAGCUGGCUCGGGUUCUUGUUGGCCUACUCCGGCCUGCCGGGCGCCCAGGCGCGGAUUGGCUACUUCUGGCACAUCAGUGACCUCCACCUGGACACACUCUACUCCACGCAUGGCGACAUAUACAGAAGCUGCUGGGAGUUAGCACGAUCGGUUUCCGGCUCCAAUGCCAAUAGUGCGGCAUCGGAGCCACCUGGUCCCUUUGGACACUACAACUGCGAUAGUCCGUGGAGUCUGAUUGAAUCGGCGGUGAAGACGAUGAAGGCCAAGCAGGGCGACAAUGUGGAGUUCGUCCUGUGGACAGGAGAUGCCCUGUCCCAUUCGGCUCAGCCGCUUUCCGAACAGAAGCAGCACGAAAUCCUGCGAAAUAUUACAGAGCUGCUGGGACGCAGCUUCUCCUCGCAGUUCAUAUUCCCGGUCUUGGGCCACGAGGACGGCAGUGGCAGCUAUCGCAGAUUGGGCGAACUGUGGCGUCACUGGCUUCCCUCCGAGGCCCUGGUGACCUUCGAUCAGGGCGGCUACUACUCCAUCGAACAGACCAAGAGUCGUCUGCGCAUUGUGGCUCUGAAUACGAAUUUCAUGCGACUUGAUCCCGAUCCGGAUCCAAGGGCAUCGCUUAGUUUACGAUGGCCAGCUGAAUAUUUCGCCGAGCCCAAGGCAUCCGUGAGCUCCAUUUCGGCAGAGGAUGAGCUGCUGGCGGAGCAACAGUGGCUCUGGCUAGAGGAGGUGCUCACCAAGUCCAAAGAGAAACAGGAAACGGUAUACAUCGUGGGUCACAUGCCACCAGGUGUUGAUGAACGUCACCUGGGCACCCAGCACAACCAGUUGACUUUCACGGAGCGCAAUAACCAGCGUUACCUGGACAUGGUGCGCCGCUUCGCGCCUGUCAUCCAGGGUCAGUUCUUCGGACACCUUCACUCGGACACAUUCCGUUUGAUCUACGAUGCCAAAGGCAAUCCCAUUUCGUGGCUGAUGAUUGCCCCAUCGAUUGUGCCGCGCAAGGCUGGCAUCGGCUCAUCGAAUAAUCCCGCCCUGCGGCUCUACAAGUUCGACACGGGCAGCGGCCAGGUGCUGGACUACACGCAGUUCUGGCUGGACCUGCCACUGGCCAACCGGGCCAACGAGCCCACCUGGCAGCCGGAGUACAACCUGACCCACUACUACGCCCUGCCGGAGAUCUCCGCCGGAGCACUGCACAAUUUCGCCGAGCGAUUCACGGGCACCGACCUCUCCUGGUUCACCAGAUACCACCGAGCCAACGCCGUGCGAUAUCAUUCCGGGUCGGCCUGCCCCGGACUCUGCAUGCUCAAUCAUUACUGCGCCAUCACGCGCCUGGACUACGAUGAGUUCCGGCUCUGCCUGGAGAAGGAGCAGCUGGCCCUGCAAGGACACGCCCCCGCCGCCCUAAUGCCCACAUCCUGGAGCUGGCUGCUCGGCGUGCUCGCCGUUUUUUAUGGCCUCCACGCGGGGCGAUGGUCAGGGGGAUGCAACAAUUGCCACAUCCAGCGAAUUUAAGCGUUCUCGCUUAAGCGGAACCAUAUCAAUAUGGGGCAAGACCCCCGGAUGCGCAGGCACUCAGAAAAAAAAAAAUGACGGCUUCUAGGCAAAUUAUGAGGGAAUCAAAAAUACCCUUAAGCUCAAUGGUAGGAUAAAACUACGAAGGUCCUUUUAAAAUGUGAUGUAUUUGUUCAUUGUUACGGGAUGUUUGAGUUUAGAAAACAGGGUAAUUGUUUUUGGAAAUUAUUUGAAAAGUUUGAUGUUGUACUAAUACAUUUAGUUUUAUUAUUACGAAGCUUGCCCUUUCUUUAGUUAUAUACUAAACAUCAAAAAGGAUUUUAAUGCCAAUUGCUACCUAUAAGGUCGUUUUCUUCUGAGUGCCACGAUGCGGAAAUAGAUAGUAAUGGAUAUACGUAGGAAUGGGUGAGCUAACAAUGGUCGAGCCAGAGAGGACGAGGACGAAGGAUAACGUGGCUGAGCAAUUCCUAUAUACAAGUAUAGCGCUAAUUUAUUCUCAAUUAUGCUGCAUAUGAGCCAGUAUGCGUGCCAUAUCGUUUGUGUGUGUGAUAUGAUUACAAAGAAUCGUCUCUGCAUGUGUAUUCGCGGAUAUAUAUGCCUCUAUGUAUAUGUGUAUUGUAUGGACUUGGAUAUAUAUGUAUGUAUCUGUAUAUGUUUAUCUGGAUGUACUU